UUAGCUGUUUGCCACGAGCUAGAUCGGAUUGCUUGAACAGGAAGUCAUUACCUGGUUUUGAGACACUUUUUUUCCUUGUAAAAGUAGAGUUAUGGUGCAUCUGUUCUGUUCUGUGAUUGGCUGCUUCUGUUUCACCCUUCACGUGAUAAUUCUCCGUCACACAGCAGAGAGAGACUGUCCAAGCCUUCUGUGUGAGGAACUGGAGGAUUUGUCAAAAAAACAGCAACCGAGGGAACAUGAGCAGGAGGAGGAGGAGGGAAACGGAGGAGGAAGUGUUUAGUCAGUGGGAGGAUGAAGAGGCAGCAGAGGAGACAUGGCGAGAAGAGAAGGACGGGGAGGGGGGGAAAGAAGAGAAAGUUGUGACAGAGGGAGAAGAGGAGGAGCAGGUGAAGCCUGAGAGUAGGCUGAAAGUGGUACAGGAGGUGCAGAUGGAAGACGACAAGAUUGAGAAGGCCAAGGAAACAAUUGCUGAUGAACAAGAGAGUAAAGUGACAAAGCGCUUAGCACAAAAAGAUGAGCAGAAGAAGAGUAAGAACAAGCGAGGUAGGAAGCAAAGUGAGCAGGUGAGAAGUAAGGGAGGAGUAAAGGAUGUUGGUGAGAGGUCUGAGGAGGAGAAGACAAGUGAGACACAGGAGGUGCCAGCGAUGAGCUCAGAGGAGACCUCGGCUCUGACAAACAGCUGUGACCUCUCUGACCCACUCUACUUGGGGUUUGUGGGGACAGGGCUGUGUUGUCCCCCAGUUCCCAUCCCCCUGCUGUACUCCUCACAGCCUCCUGUCUCCAUCCAGCCCACAUGUCCUCAGCCACAGAGUAACAAAAGACCUCAUAGCCCCCUUCUGCCUCACAGUGUCCCGCAGCAGGGCCCACAACCACUUGAGAUGGAGAUAACGCAGGUAUACCCCACCCAACAUAGCACCAGGGGCCGAGGUCGAGCCCUCAGCUUCCCACUGCUGCCAGGGAUAGAGUCUGUGGACAGCUGCCUGCUGCCACCUGCACCGAAGAAGAGAACACGGAUUGACUACAGCACAGAUCAGUUAGAGCAUUUAGAGGCCCUGUUCCAAGAGGAUCACUAUCCGGACGUGAAAAAAAGAAAAGUGAUUGCUGCUUCAGUCGGCGUCACACCUCAGAGAAUUAUGGUCUGGUUUCAGAACCGAAGGGCGAAGUGGAGGAAAGUACGUGGUGUUACAGCAAAGGUGGAACACGGACAGAGUAGAGCUGAAUACAGUCCACAUCACCAAAUCAAUCCCACUUUGCCCACACUGGCUCACAACAGUAAGGGAGCCGCUUCUUUGUCUCGUUAUUAUGCUCUCAAGCUACCCCAGCUUGCCCCUGUGCCACCUUCAUUCCCCACCAUAACCACUCAGAGCCCACCCUCCCACAGCAGCCUGUUGGCCAGCCUCAGCACCCCAGCUGGGAUUACAGCGUACCAGUCUUACCCAUGGGGCAACAUGUGCAGUCAGCCAGCCAUGCACCAGCGUACUCAGUGCCCUCCUGCUUACCCUGGCAGCUUGGGACCUGGUCGAGAGCACCAGCCUACCUCUUCCACCAUCUUCCCUCUUCCUUCGUUCUUCCCUGGGGAGGACCAGGAGUCGUUGCAUGCAAAUUCCCAGGAUCCUUCACUCAACCAGACUUUCACAAGCAGCACCACCAGCACUACCACCGUCCUGCCACCUGUGUCAACGCUCCUGCCCUCUUGCCUCAGGGUGGAGGAUACUCCAGCCAGCGAGUCAUUGCUAAUGCCCUCGCAGACAGAAGAAAUGGAUGUCACAGUUCCUACAGAUGACCAGGACAUCCAACUCCCUCAUCUGGACAGAAGUGAAAGCAGAGUGAUGGAUACAGGCCAGCACCAGCUUUCAUCUCAGGAGGUUUGGUGGACCCACACCCCACCCCUCUUCCUGGAUGCUCUGGAGGUGGCUCUACCUUGCCACCAUGAGACCCAGUCUCUGCCGACUGAACCAGGUCAGCUCUACUCGCAGCAACUUUUGCUCUUUGACUUGGACUACCUGACGUCUAGCCAGCAGAGCAACACUUUGUCUUACCAGCUCCAAACCUCCUACCACACCAGCCAGCCUCAGCUCCAACCUCAAGCAUCUCUGCCCCACAUGACCUACCUCACACACCUCCCUACCUCACCCCCUCCAGAGUCUAAUCCUACCUCCUACCUGACUUUUGGCCCUGGAGGAAACUCGACAGGAGUGGUGACCGAUUCCACCACGGGUCAUGCCUACUUUCAGUCCCAGAGUGCAAGUCAAAUCCUACUGCAGUCGUCUGGUCACCACG